UAGUAUUCCCUGGUUAGGGUUACCGGUAGCGCCAUAUAAAACGGAAGCUGAGGGUCUUUGUGGUAUAUGUGAUUUGGGUACAACAAAUUACAACCUCUUCUUCUUUCCUGGGAGGCGAUCAGGCUCAGCCACCGCACGCUCCGUCAGGUAAACUCCUUGCUGCUCUGUAAGUCAGAAAAAAAUGGCAGAUGGCCAUGAGACUGAUAAAAACAUUGAGAUAUGGAAGAUUAAAAAGCUUAUAAAAGCACUUGAAGCUGCUCGAGGCAAUGGCACAAGCAUGAUUUCUCUCAUCAUGCCGCCUCGUGAUCAGGUAUCCCGUGUUACUAAGAUGCUUGGUGAUGAGUUUGGAACUGCUUCAAACAUUAAAAGCAGGGUCAAUCGUCAGUCCGUGUUAGGUGCAAUUACUUCUGCUCAGCAAAGGCUCAAACUUUACAACAAGGUUCCUCCAAAUGGGCUUGUGCUUUACACUGGAACAAUUGUUACUGAAGACGGAAAGGAAAAGAAGGUUACAAUUGACUUUGAGCCUUUUAGGCCCAUAAAUGCAUCUCUUUACCUGUGUGACAACAAGUUUCAUACAGAAGCUCUAAAUGAGCUUUUGGAAUCUGAUGACAAGUUUGGCUUUAUUGUCAUGGAUGGAAAUGGAACCCUUUUUGGGACACUAAGCGGUAACACCCGAGAGGUGCUGCAUAAAUUUUCUGUUGACCUGCCAAAGAAACAUGGGAGAGGAGGGCAAUCAGCUCUUCGAUUUGCUCGACUUCGAAUGGAGAAGCGCCACAACUAUGUGAGGAAGACAGCUGAACUUGCCACCCAAUUUUAUAUUAAUCCUGCUACCAGCCAGCCUAAUGUUUCAGGAUUAAUUCUUGCUGGAUCUGCUGACUUCAAGACUGAGCUGAGUCAGUCUGAUAUGUUUGAUCCUCGACUUCAGGCUAAAAUUCUGAAUGUGGUUGAUGUUUCAUAUGGGGGUGAAAAUGGUUUUAAUCAGGCAAUUGAACUAUCAUCAGAAAUUCUAUCCAAUGUGAAGUUUAUACAGGAAAAACGCUUAAUUGGCAAGUACUUUGAGGAGAUUAGCCAGGAUACUGGGAAGUAUGUCUUUGGUGUGGAUGACACGCUGAAAGCUCUAGACAUGGGUGCUGUUGAGACUCUCAUUGUGUGGGAAAAUUUGGAUAUUAGUAGGUAUGAGUUGAAAAACAGCACCACUGGUGAGAUUGUCAUAAAGCAUUUGAACAAGGAGCAGGAGGCGAACCAGAACAACUUUAGGGAUUCAUCCAGUUCUGCUGAAUUGGAAGUUCAAGAAAAGAUGCCACUGCUUGAGUGGUUUGCUAACGAGUACAAGAGGUUUGGUUGCACUCUUGAGUUUGUUACCAAUAAAUCACAAGAAGGAUCCCAGUUUUGCAGAGGAUUUGGUGGGAUUGGUGGGAUUCUUCGUUACCAGCUUGAUAUGAGAGAUUUUGAUGAGCUUUCUGAUGAAGAAGUCUAUGAUGAAUCUGAAUAGCAAUCAGCCAAUUCUACCCCAUUGCUGGUGCAGGAGAAUGGGGUGAGAAAGCCUGCACCAGCAAGCGCGGCACGCGAGAUGUCUCACUCGGUGCCUAUUGAUACUGGAAAGAUUUGUCACAUUACUAAUCGAGGGAAUCAUGAAAUGUCAGUGUUGAAGUGAGCUUAAUGUGGUGAUGCUGCCUGGCUUUCAUGAUGGAGCAGCUGGAUAUUCUGUGAAAAAUGAAAGUACCCUUGUAUCGUUACAUCUUCAGUUUGGCCAGAGUCUAAGAAGGUGCUGGAUCAGCAGCAUGGUUGGUGUCUAGACGAGGACUGCAGAUUUUUGCACCAACAGCGUUAGAACCUUAAUAUAGUUAUGGUUUAUGAAAACUGCUUUCUGUGUGCAUGUGUGGUAUUGUCUCUAUAAUAAGUCGAUGCUUGUGGAGAUUGUGUUGAUAAAUGAUCCAUAGCAUUGAGAACCAUCUCGUUAUGACAUUAUGUUUCUAGUUUAUUUGAUGUUAUUUGCUGCGUGCUGUUAAGUUUGAA